AUGGGUGGUGGUGGUGGUGGUGGUGUUUUCAGUGGUGAUGGAAAUCUGGGAAAAUACUACCAUCUUUUUCAACUUCGAGUGAGCCUGGAGAACAAGGCCACGGCUUCGUCUUCGCGUCAGCAGCGCGCGCCGGCGCGGUACCGAGGCGCGGCGGCGCUGAGGGGCGCUGGCGAGAUAGUCGAAGUCCAAGGCGGCCACAUUGUGCGGGCUACUGGCCGCAAGGACCGUCACAGCAAGGUGUGCACCGCUAAAGGCCCGCGCGACCGCCGCGUGCGCCUCGCCGCCCACACUGCCAUCCAGUUCUAUGACGUCCAGGAUCGACUUGGCUAUGACCGCCCCAGCAAAGCUGUUGAUUGGCUCAUCAAGCACGCCAAGCCUGCCAUUGAUAAGCUUGCCGAGCUCCCGCCUUGGCGCCCCUCUGAUUCCCCUAUCCCUCCAGAAGAAUCACCCAGGAAAGCUUCAUCCCCUGCUGACGUCGAUCACUCUUCUGGCUUUGCUUUCAGUGGCGCUAGCCCUAGCUUUAGCUUCCUCCCUCCCUCUCUAGAUUCCGACGCCAUUGCGGACACUAUCAAGUCCUUCAUCCCCAUGGCUGCUGCUCCACCAUCCACGCCUUUGCCUGCUUGUAAUACUAGAGAUCUUCGUCUUUCUCUUCACUCAUUCCAUGACCAAACAUUCCAAGAAUCCCAUCAAGCUCACGCCUUUCCUAUUGCCUUCGAUGAGAGGAUGGUUCCUUGGAGUUUGGCUGAGGGUGUUGGGAGUGGAGCUUAUGUGUUCAAUGCCGUGCCGUUGCACGGCCAGAGCCAACUUUUGGCACAGAGGGGACCCCUUCAGUCCAGUAAUUCGCCGCUUCUCCGAGCUUGGAUGGAUCCGAUUGAUCACCAGCAAGCACCAUUUGGCUUUGCUUCUACUGCUGGAUUCUCAAGUUUUCGAGUCCCGGCGAGGAUUCAAGGCGAUGAGGAAGCAGAUGGUAUCUCCGGGAAGCUGCCGUCUGCUUCCUCUGCUUCUCAUCAUUGAUGGAGAAUGAGCUGACAAGCUGCAACCUUUUCAUCAUCAAUCAGUUUCCUCUGGAUUACUCAUACUUUGUGGAAGAAGAAAAAGAUGGAGAUUUCUAGAUGUUUCUUUCAUUUCAAUCCAGGUGUUUUAUUCUGUUUCCUUUGCUUGAUGUGUUGUUCUCUACCAGUCUUUUUAUCUGUGCUGUUUUGUUGUUGUUGUUGUUGUUGUUGUCUUGUUGGUCUUGUUGGUGUUGUUGAAGAAACUGGUUUUGAUUUGGGUGUGUGAGAAUAAAAGGUAUGGCCUUUCAAUCAAAA